GGGCACCUGGGGAAAAUGGUAAAGGGUCGUAGGACUUCAGGAGUUGCUCCAUGGCCCGUGCUUGCACUUGCACUAAUAAACGUUUGGCCUCCUCGUCACUCCGUCUCUCGAAGCUCUCUCAACAGCACACUAUCAGACUUGAAAUAUGACUUGGAAUCAUUUCCAAACUUAAGUAUUCGAGUCUAGGAUACAUAGUGACAUCCAUCAUCCCAACACCCCGGCCACAGGAUGAAAUUCGUCCUGACAAAUAAUACGUUGGCAUCCCGCCCCCACAUACCUAACGUCUAUCUUCCCACGGUCUCUGAGCUCCUUGAUCUCUGCGGGAAAGAGCACUCACGCGGGAGUAUCACCCUGCCGUCGGAAUCGCCGGUCCUCUGGGUCAAGUACGGCUUUGCGAUAUACUGGAACGAAGUGGUGGCCCAAGCUACGGCGUACCACGAGCUGCGGCGCCUCGGAUCCUCGGUGCGGGCACCGGCAGUCUUCUACACCUUCAAGUCCCUAUGGCUACAGUGUAUUCAUCGUUAUGGAGUACAUCCCAGGAAAUAACGUCGGGAAGUGUUUAGACGAAGCCAAAAGCGAGGCGGAAAAGGAACUCAUCAUGAACCAAGCUUCGCCGCAUCCCUGUUGUUGCGGGGUCUCGUCCAGCCGCCGUUGGCGGGGGUUAUGUUCGGCAUACGCUUUUUGGCGAAGGAGCGCCAAGGCAUUACGAGAACGCCGAUCAUCUUUCACUCGAGCCUAUGGCCUU